UGGAGACGUGUACAAAGUGCCGGGCGUCGUGGUGCCACAGCUCGCUGUGGUUGCCCUGUGCAGCCUUGUCAGCUGCACGUGGACCAACGCGCGAAACGAGGAGGCGGUCGAAAAUCUCGCGGUGGACCGCAAACGAUCGUGUGUGGUUGUCAAGUCCAGCCAUGUCCGGUACAUCCGGUACUGAUUAGGGUUCGUCGUACCCGACCCGCGGUUGGCAACUGUGACUGUCCACCGGAAUCUCAACCUUGUCCGCAUGUACCGCGUACAUCGGCUGUUCGACGUAUUCGAAGAUGCGACUGUCCAGAACGACCUUGUCGACACUCAGCAGGAAACGGUGGUACGCGGCAUCGACUGCCAGUUCAACCCUCUUCACCCACUUUUUCUCAAGCGAGCCAGCCAAACCAACAGCAGCAACAGCAACAGCAGCAGCAGCAGCCGUGCGAGUGCGCCGAAAGAAUAAACUGCACUCACACAGGCGGCGGCGAUUGCGAGUGCGGCGAGGAAGCAAAGCCAUGCUCGCACACGGUCAGGCAACGCCGGUCGCGUCGCACGUGCGAUUGCAGUGGAAGUGGCACGCAACCGUGCAGCCAUAAGCCACAGCACGAGGGACGGAUAAAGCGUGUUAAGUGCCGCGUGAGGCGCGCCGGUUGCGCCAUGGCCAGGUGUACCGCGGAACUCGCGAUGCUGCACCUGCAUUGGGGCCUCGCCACCGAAUGUGCGCCCUGCAGACCGCGUGCACUCACGCGACGGCUCUGCAGGAGGCAGCAAAGCGACAACGAACUCUACAGAAGCAACAGCUUCAAGUUUGAGCGGUUCGAGAGAAGCAAGGACGAGUGCGCGACUCCGCUGCGGAAACAGGUCUCCCUGUGCGACGAUUACAGUCUACCAGUCGAUUUCGUGAAUAAGAGACGCCCUGCGAGUGCUGCGGGUGCAACAUCCACGGUUCAGUGGGCACUACCAAGUCCUACUAUCGAAAACGCGGAAGUCGAGGUUGUGGAACAAUAUAGCGACCCCAGGGAUAGCAAGAACAAGGCGUACGUCGAGCCAGGAGCUGAGACGUCCCUGCCAACGAUCUACAGCAAAGUAAAUCGCAACUAUUGUCGACCUUAUACGGAUCCAUCUGCUUCAGGCUCUUCCUGCGAGGAUGACGAAGAUGGUCGUCGAGUGGAUAUCAGAAAACGCAAGAACAGUCUGUACGCGUCUUCCUCGACUCGUGCUGUUUCAGUAGAUAGAGAAAAAGAGCUAAGCUCGGUCGACGGGGCUGUGGUGGACUGUGUAGCCCUGGUGCAUCUCACGGAUCAAUCACCCACCGAAUCUAAUCAGCCGGUUCGCCAUCCAUCACCCUAUUACUACGGCGAUUUGUUCAAGGUACCGGAUCAAAUAAGCAAGUCACAGCCGAACAGGUACAGAAAAAGCGUUAGUCUCGACGUACCGGGUGAACGUUCACGAACACCCGGUAUACCGAAGAGAAACUCGGUGGCGGGUGAUGGGGGUACCUAUUCAUCUCAGCAACAACAACAGCAGCAGCAACAGCAGCAACAUUAUCAACAACAGCAGCUACAGCAGCAACAUCCAUUACAGCCACAACAACAUUAUCAAAGUCAGGAUCUAGUGAGCCCCACGUCGGGGAGCGAGCAUGCUGUCCCAGCCAGAAACGAGAUCCUCUCGUCGUGCAUCAUCACCGAGUGGGAUCACACCCUCAUGCCUCCUCAUAGAUUGUUAAGCCACGACCUACCAACCACGGUUUGUACUUGCGUCGCAUCAGCUGAAGAAGAGGAGGAUGAGCUAGAUCAACGACAGCCGCAGCUAACGCGGCACCAAGUGCGCAAGCUACGUCGUACACGGAGGAUAGACCCGCAACCGAUACUCGUCGAGGACGAGGACGACGUGGAGGGAGAGGACGAGGGUGAGGAAGAGGAGGAGGAGGACGUGGAGGUGGAGGAAGACGAGGAAGAGAUGGCUAGGCAACGUCACCUCUACGAGACGGCCUUUGAUUGCAAGGUCAAUCGCUCUGACGAUGACCUCGAUGACCUCGAUCGGGUUACCAACCAUCCUGUGUUGCAUUCACAGAUCAGAAGCAGCAGCGCGAUACCAGUAAGCAGAACGAGCUCAUCGACGGACACGUCGAAGCAACAACAACAGCAACAACAGCAAGUCCCAUACGCUGGUCAGUCCCACAGCAGCAAAGAUCGACGCAAAGUUGUACUUCUCCGCCCAAAACCGAUUCCGAGCCGUCUUCAGCAGCAGCAGCAACAGCAACAGCAACAGCAGCAACCAGACAAUAUUUCUACUCUGUCCCAGGACAUCGAAUCCCUCCAGAUCAAUUCAAGCGACGAGAAAACCGGUUCACCGAGACUACCGGCCCGAGGUUAUACUCCGUCACCUCCAUCCACGGCACCGUUGCCUGCCAAAUUUCAUGGCAACCGUGAUCACUUGUUGUUAAACAUACGCAGCACACCAAACCUACCCUGUCAACCUGACCAUCCACGUCUCAAGGAUCUAAGAUUGCCCGUAAAGUCUCUGUUGAGAGCGAAAGACUCGCCUCAAAGUAGCGAGGGUAGUAUUCUCGAGAUAAAAAGUAGACCGAAAAGUUUUGCUCAAGACAACGUAGAAUCGUCUCAGGGACGACGUUUCGACCAGGAACUGAUACUAGAGUUCAAGGGGAGGCCGCGAGAGGAGAGGCAACGGCCACGCAGUUUGAUUCGCGAGAGCAAGCCGAUCAUGGAGUUCAAAGGUAGGCCUCACGAGGCCGAGAGUGAUCUAUUACGGCCUCGUAGGGAUGUCGGCUUGUUGGAAUUCAAAUUACGGACCAGUAGACGCAGGGCGGGAUACUCAAGCACAGAGAGUAUGGCUACCAGUAGCAGUGGAGGUAGCAUGGAAUCACUUCGAAGUAGCACUAGCGAGGGUAACAGAUCCACUAGUAGUUCCGAGAGCCGUCAUAGUACCAGUCUAAGCUCUCACAGCUCCGACAGUGGCAGCACCAAUUGCUACCAUCAUCAUCAGCAACCUUCUAUGACCGGUUUUUUAACCCACCACGCGAACAAACUACACAUACUGUCUCCUAUCUCUGACAAAUCGUCCCAAGAACCUGCCUCCGAGACUUCCGACAACAACCGUAACAACAACUCCCAAAAAGCCUCGCCUGAAGAGAACGUGACCACGGAGAAUAACGUAACCGCGUCUAAUAACACGAACACAAACACAGGGAAUACAAACACAAACUCCGUGACCUCACCGAUGGACACGUCUUUCAAGAAGAGACGCACACCGCAAAACAAGAAUCUGAUUAACUUGGCCCUGCAAUCCUCGUCGUCGGGCGAUGCGGAGAUCCAAGGAUCGGACAGUGGCAUCUCUAUCGAGUCGCGAGCCGGGAUCAAGUGCAAACCAUUCGGGUUCCACUUGUUGAAACCGCAGCUGGAUAACAUCAAUCUCGUGGACAACGAACCUGAGCUAUCCGAUCUGCCUUUCGACAUGCCGAAACUGCGAAGAAGGCGAUUGCUUAUGCAACAGGACGCCACCACGUCUGGCAGCGCGACCAGCGUGGAUUUGAGGGACUUGCCGUUUGACAUGCCAAAACUGAGAAGAAGACUAAGAUGCAUGCAGAGCACGGAAUCCAGCGGAUCACAGGCCUCCUCCAGUCUUUCUAUGCGCGACGUCGAGCCGUCUGCGUUGUUUGGCGGCGGUAUGGCGCGUCCGAAGAUGACACUGAAUCUGGAUGGUGGGAGUGGGACGAGCAGCGGUGGAAACGCUGGUCAGUCUGCACCGAAAAAACCUGGCGGUCUGAGCCUUGGAUUGCCAUUGGAGAUUAACACCGGCCGCGGAUCCGCUGAUCUGGUUGACGUGGAGCUUCCUUUGGAGAGACAGGGAUGGUACCAUGGAUCCAUUACGAGAAUUGAGGCAGAAGCUGUCCUACGACUUCUUAGAGAAGGAAGUUACUUGGUGAGGAACAGCGAAUCCACCAAACAAGAUUACUCUUUAUCGUUAAAAAGCGCCCGUGGCUUCAUGCAUAUGCGUAUCCAAAAGAACGAGGAGCUGAACGCGUACAUCCUGGGCCAGUUCAGUAAACCAUUCGACAGCAUACCGGAAAUGGUUCGUCAUUUUAGCGUGAACCGUCUUCCGAUACGCGGUGCCGAGCACAUGUGUCUUCUGCAUCCAGUCAUAGCUCAGCUUUUGUAGCGCAUCUAUCGUAGCGCCGUUUAAGGCGCUCCCCAACAAUUUUUGAUAUCCCUUUUACCUUCAAAGAAUACUCACAAAACCUGAACAGUACUCCGAAAGUUAUUUAUAAGAAAGAAGAGAGGAGCGAAUGAAAGAUGAACGUUGUGCAUGGAGAACGAUAAUCUACGGGAAAAUCUAGAGUCACAUAUAACGGCACUUGGUACUUCCACUGAAGAUUUCCAUUCUAGUCCCGCGAUUCGCUUUUUCGCAAUUUGAGGCUGAUCAAUUUUUUCCGAGCUUCCGAGGUGAAUCGAGGGAGGAAAUGAAAGAAUAGCGACCGAUUGUUAUAGUCGAAACCAGUCACGGGAAUAACACAGUACAAAGUUUAUAAUCAGUGAAAAGUUUCCGUAGACUUAACGAGCGACCUUGAAGUUAAUCCUAUUCGUUUACGUAAUCCCUUAACGAUCGCGUCGACGUUUGUUUCCGCAUCGUUCGGUAGCUUUAUUAGCCGUGACAAAAGGAUUAAUCUUGACCUAAGAUAUUAAUUGCGACGCUUCGACGAUAUUAUUCCGACCCUGACGACGAGCUUUCGUUGUUUCGUAACGAACAUUAAAAAGGAAAAGCGUUUUUAUAUGAAAACGAACGUUGAAGAAUCGGAUGGAAUAGGUGUAUGGCGAAUGUUUUACAAUAUCUGUGUAAUGUCUCGUCUUCCCCAAACAGCAUCGCGCAAAUCUACCUCUUCGUUAGAGGUGUGUACGUAUAUGUGUAAUUUAUUUUCACGAGAUGGAUCAAUUCCUUUCACUCGAUUGAUCGAUGAAGCGGCUUUUACAAAUGGUUGUGUAACGCAGAGAAGGACUUGUGGGAGAUUAUAAGGAGAAAAACUCUGGAUUUUCAGAAGGAUUUCAAUGUGUAAAGAGCGCGUGUGGCAUGUACUAUGUAUAAGAUAUCGACGAAGUAGAGAAUCUUAAUGGUCUAAAAUGUUGGAUCGUCGUACUAUGGCAGAAAUGAGACAGAGUUCGGGGAAGCACCGUAAGAGCUUUAGAAAAUGGUUGUUCCUUGCGCUUGUGGCUCGCGAAGCCACGAGUUUCGUGUAAGAAACUAUCGAUGGGAUCAGAAUCGUCGUACUACAAGCUGAUAAUCUAGAGAGGCAUGAGGUAAUACGUACUUAGAUUUAGAUACACGCGUAGUUGGCCGACGUCGGCCUCUACGAAGGAGCUGGAAGCCAAAGAAAUGAGUUAAGUCGCGUCUUCGUUCGUGGGAGCAAGGAGCAAGAGGAAGGACAAGGUGAACGAAAUAACGCGAUUAACGUGCGUGGGGCAAAGUGGCCGCGGUUCAAUUGCCAAAGUUUACUGCUAAUCGUGUAAUCAUUUAGUCAGGGUUUAGUUAUUCACAUUAUCAUUGAUAAGGAAUAGUAAGUAAAUUGAUCGGCUGUUACUUUACGUUGAUGUGCUGCGAAUCGAAACCGAGAAAGGAAGAAGAGAAUGGACGUGAAACAUAAUGAUAAUGAUAAUAUUUUUUCGUCCAGGUUGACCGAUAGAAAAGCGUACGGUGAGAAAGAGAAGGCGAGAAAGAUGGAAGUGAAUAAAGAUGAUCGAGGUCAGCCAGUCCGAACAAUCGAUGGCUCGUCACUCGAGUCAUCCGUCCGACAGUCUCUUAUUUUUGGGAGAUUUUUGUGAGAGGAGGCAACCGAUACAUAUUUUUUCAUGUGAUAUGAAUUUGUUACAGAGAUAGCCUAGUUUCACCUGUGAUCUGUUACUUAGUUCCCUUUAUCCAUGUCUGUUGGUCGCUGUGUGCAAUAUUCUCGUACGUACGAUUAUAAUAACGAUAAUAAUACUAUUGAUAAUGGAUAAUGAUAACGUAAUAGUAAUAACGAUUAACGAUAAUGGUAACUAGUUAAGUCGCUAUUGUAAUUGGGUAAUCAGCAACGAUGCGUAAUUAGGCGCGACACGAAGAGACGUCCGUGGUGUUACAAUAAUUAUUUCGAGGUAAGGAUUCGAUUCGCAAACGGUUGUGAGCGAGUUUUCUGUUGGUCAUUUGGCUAAUCCAUAUGGCAUGUAACCAAAUAUUUUACGUAUUUGUCAUCGUUUAGAAGAAACGUAGCAUCCACAUCACACGUAGGCAAGUGCCAUAAAAAGAUUUUAGUCGGUAGAGUUUCAACUAAUUUCGGUAGAUAUUGUUUGGCUGUAGAUGGAUAUGUUCUAUUCCUAUGAUUUCAGUGGAAAUCACGCGUGAACGUGAUACUAGUCAUAGCGUAUUUAUUUAGAAUUAUUCACGUUAAGUUGACACCUCACCAACGUUGUAUCUGGCACUCUCUACCGUAUCCUUUUGAUUAGGUUGAGUGUAAUGCAUACACGUUGUACUUUAAGCUGCCAGUAUUAUUAACUGUAAUCGAUAAUGCAUAUCCAUGUUAAUAUUUAAGAACAUUAUAUUGUCCCCCGCCCUUAACGAAUGAUUAUGGGAAAAAAGUAUAAUCUAUCUGUACGUAUAUAUUUAUUUGGCGUUCUAUUUAUUGCAUUGUGUCGUUAUAAGUCAAUGAUCUUACUGUCAUGGUUCCGUGUAUACCGUUGAUUUAAUAGUAAGAUCAUAGUGAGUAUCCAUGGUAAUCUUAUUAUUGUUAGGUAUUAGAGAAACGUAGAGUAAAACGCCAUUCACCAAAAUGAACAAAACAAAAAAAAAUGUGACGUAAGAACAAGGCAGUCGUAAAAAUUAUGUGGUAGAUAUUAACUUGUAGAUACUUCCUGUACCUUGAAAUUUAUAUGAAGUAGCAUUUAGCUCCAAUGUAUACAUCAUUAUACGUAUACACAAAUAUUCUAUUACUAUUAUCAGAAAACACUAGCGCAUAGUCGUUUAUAGAAGGUGCAAUCGAACGUCAGAUCGGAAGUAAUGGAAAAGGGAAACAGGAAACAAAAUCCGAUAUUAUAUAGACACGAUUCGAGCGCUGUGUACACUCUUAAUGUAAACGGUAUUCGAACGGUGUGAUGUGCAAUAAACGAAACAGCGAUCUAGUGUGGUCGCCGCGAUGCGUGGUGCGAUUCGGUAUUUUUGUUUUAGCAUGACAGACCACCGAUGUUCCAAAUCGACUUCACUAGAUAGUCUUGUGUACUCCGAAAUUCCCUCUUAAUAAUAAAACAUUUAAUAAAAUAA